GUAUACCAUUAGAAUUUAUACAUUUAUCUGAUACAAGUACUGAUAAAGUACCAAAUACAUCUGCUACUGCUGCUUCUGUUUCUUCAGAUUUAUAUGGUCAAGCUGUUAUUAAAGCAUAUAAUAGUAUAAUAAGAGAAGAUUUAAAUACAAUUAUAAAACAAGAUUUGGAAAGAUUACCACCUAAAUUAACAAGUGAAGAAUGGAAAGAAUUAAUUAAGAAUGCCUAUUUCCAAGGAGAUAUAUCAUUAAGUGCAACAGGAUAUUAUAGUACAAGUAAAGAUGUUUGGAUGGAUUGGAAUAAAGGAGAAGGUAAACCAUUUAAUUAUUUUACAUAUGGAUGUGCAGCUAGUGAAGUUGAAAUUGAUACAUUAACAGGUGAUUGGAGUGUUAUUAGAAGUGAUAUUGUAAUGGAUUUAGGUAAUAGUUUAAAUCCAGCUAUUGAUAUUGGUCAAAUUGAAGGUGCAUUCAUUCAGGGAAUGGGUUUAUACACAAUGGAAGAAUUCAUUUAUGGUGAUGAAAAUCAUCAAUGGUUUCAACAAGGUUCUGUUUUUACACGUGGUCCAGGUGCAUAUAAAAUACCAUCUGCUAAUGAUAUACCAAUGCAAUUUAAUAUUCAUUUAUUAGAUCACAAUAAUAUGAAUAGUAAUAAUGGAAAUGAUAAUGUCAAGACUAUUAAUAUGAAUAAUAGUAAUAAUAUGAUGGAUAAAAUUGCACAAAGUGGUAGAACAGCAACGUAUGGAUCUAAAGCA